AAAUCAUAUGUCUGGUUAAUGAUCCCUUACGGGGUUACCCUCUUUUUCAUGGGUUUUAAUGUUUUUAUAUUUAUGCUUGUUUUCUCUUUCUCAUUUUGCGUUCCUAGGAAGAAAGAACCCCAGCCAUUGCCUUACAUGGCAUGUAUGCAUUAAAUACGGUCCUGGUUCUUUACGCCGCCCAAUUGUACUGUACUCUUUGCAUUUAUAGCUAUCUGAUUGUUUUCAUUGCUUCCCCUUCAGUGGGUUUUCUACUGCAACACUCUUCUUCCUUUUCAUCUGCUCCUUCCUCUUCCGGCUCCUCCUCUUCCUCUUCUUCUAGGUUAUUGAAAAUAGAUAAGGAAAAAGAACACAUCGUAUACAGUACUUAAUCUAUCUUGUAAUGAGAGGGUGAAGAUGGGGAGGUCACCAUGCUGCGAUAAAUAUGGAGUGAGAAAGGGAGCUUGGACUCCUGAAGAAGAUCAACUCUUAGUUCAGUACAUCAAGAAGCAUGGCUGUGGUAGUUGGCGUACGCUACCCAAGAACGCAGGUCUACUUCGAUGUGGAAAAAGUUGCCGACUUCGGUGGAUAAACUAUCUUCGUCCUGACAUCAAGCGUGGCCCUUUUACUGGUGAAGAAGAAAGUAAAAUUAUUCAACUUCAUGGCAUGCUUGGCAACAGGUGGGCUGCUAUAGCAUCUCAUUUAUCUGGAAGAACGGACAAUGAAAUUAAGAACUAUUGGAACACCCAUCUGAAGAAGCGCUCCCUUCACUCAGGUCAUUCUCUGGAGGCACAAGAGCCCUCUUUCGGUCCUCGUCAAAGUGAUAUGAAAUCCGAAUCUUCUUCUGUACGUCACGUAAUCCAGUGGGAAAAGGCCAGGGUUGAGGCAGAAAAAAGGCUGUCAAUGGAAUUGGAAACCUCGUGUCUUAAUCAUUGUUCUAAAACAAACACACAUUCUGAUUGCUUUCUUCGACUUUGGCAUUCUGAGGUUGGACAAUCAUUUCGCAUGAUCACAGAAAAGAAAGCAGAAAGCGAAAGCCCUACCUCGCAAUCAAGCAUUGCCUUUGCCAACUUGGCUAUAGAACAAGUAAGCAGCUGCAACCCAAAGCUUGAAGGUGGAACAGCUGGGUCAGACUCAGGGUCUCAUGAAUUUCUUGAUGCCUCUGAUUCUGCAUUAAAGCUCCUGCUAGAUAUGCAUGAUGACAGUGUAGGAUUCUUUGAAGGAUUGGAACAGACUGAGAAUUUCCAUGGUCAUCUGCAUGAUAGAUAUGACUAAACGUCUAAACCUACUGCAUAUCUUCUCUGGAAAGGCAAUGCCUUGAUGAAAAGAAAAUUUUGUGCCUUUCUGUUUCUUCAUUUUUGGUAUAUGUAGUCUAGUGACUAGUCACGGCUCAGCUGCUUUCCCCAUAUACUCUCCAUGUUUGCCACUUGUUCGAAGGCUUAGGGGUAACAAGUAGGAAAACUAGAUAAAGUGGUUGCUAGAAUUCAAAAUCACCUUCCGCUUCAUAGUGGUGAGAAAAGGGUUUUGUAAUGCCUUUUGAUUAAUUUCUAUGUUACUUUCACCAGUCUUACCUUCUCUUCGCUCCUCUCUUUUUAAGACUGAUUGGUGCUGAAGAGCUUAC